UGAUUGAAGCACGAAGGUGCUUCUAUCAUACUACAUAUUCGAUCGUUCACAUAAUGACGAUGCAAACGCUAGUUCAUCAAAUAAUAUUCAUUUUCCUGUUAUGCAUAUGCCACUCAAGUACUACUGCUGCACGGUCUGCACUGCAGAUGGCAGUGGGUGAUUGCCAAUCGAAUUGUGGAGGUGUUACCAUCCCGUACCCUUUCGGGAUCGGACCUAAUCAAAGUUGCUACUAUGACGAAUGGUUCCGAAUCGACUGCAACAAGUCCACCAAGGGGAAGCCUUUCUUGAGGCUUGCCAAAUUGGAGGUGCUGAAUAUUUCUAUCAAGGGUACGCUUCGGGUGAACAGCCCCGUUACAUUCUUCUGCGAGGAUUAUAAUAGCUGGCCAGCUGUGUCGAAUUUAAGGCAGAGCCCUUUCGUCUACUCUCAGAGUGACAAUAUAUUCACUGCACUGAGUUGCGAUAACCUUGCCUUGGUGAAUUCCGAAAACUUCACCGCUGGCGGAUGCAGGUCAGCGUGUGAUCAAAGUUUGCACUACUUGAAUUGCGAUAUGGGUAUCAACUGUUGUCAGACUAGUAUUCCUCCCUACCUCACUGUUAUUUCUGCUUAUUUACUUGGCCGAAAAGCUACAAGUUGCGAUAAGUUUGCCUUCCUGGUUGAGAAAGAUUGGUUCGAGAAAAACGCUCAAUCAUCAACCAUUUCUCACUUCACGGCUGCCAUGAAGAGGAAGCGCAAGGUUCCUGUGGCACUAGAGUGGCGCAUAAACAACAACAUUCGGUCAUUUGAAUUAUUAUUUAACAAGUUCAUUGUUGGUGUUGAUCAGUAUCAAGAUGAUGUAAUAUUCGGUUAUUACCGUAGUUAUAACUCUGUUUCGUACGAUAAUUUCUCAAGGUGGGGGCACCCGUCGCUCCCGUCUUGCUAUACAUACACUUCUCCGGCGGACAAUCGGUCGGAAAUUAUUUGUUCCUGCAGCUGGGGUUUCGAAGGGAAUCCGUAUCUCGGCGGUUUCGGAGAAAAUUCAUAUAUCGGCGAAUAUUCUUGUUGUAAUGGUAAUCCAAAAUUUGGUCCUGUGUGUUUUGACAAAACUAUAUAG